GUUUGUGUGUUAUGUGAUUGCAGCCUUGUUCUUUCUUCAUCUCGCCAUUCUCUGCAACAAAAACAGAGAAAAAUAUAAUAAAAACACAGAAAAUGAUAAUAAAGCUUCCUGAUCCAAUGGGGUCUCUGAAUGUGGAGAAGAAAUGGGUGUUUCCUCUCGCCAUCGCCUCCGUCCUCUGCUUCGUCCUCCUCCUCGCGAUGGUUUCCUCUGACCCCAAAACCCCCUCCUCCUCCAUCUUCUCCAUUUUCCCCUCCCGCGUCUCCACCGCAGAAACCAACACCACCAACGAACACCAAUCCCCGCCGCCGCCAGCGCCACCAGCAUUGCCACGUUUUGCGUACCUGAUAUCGGCGUCCAAGGGGGACUUGGAGAAGCUGUGGAGGGUGUUGCAUGCACUGUACCACCCGAGAAAUUACUAUAUUGUCCAUCUGGACCUGGAGGCAUCUGUGGAGGAGAGGCUGGAGCUUGCACACAGGGUGGAGAAGGAGCCCAUCUUCUUGGAGGUCAAAAAUGUCCAUAUGAUAACCAAGGCUAAUAUGGUCACUUACAGAGGACCAACUAUGGUCAGUAAUACCCUCCAUGCAAGUGCUGUUCUUCUCAAGAGGUUUAAGGAUUGGGACUGGUUUAUCAAUCUCAGUGCUUCUGAUUAUCCCCUUGUCACUCAAGAUGAUUUGCUAGAUGUGUUUUCUGGUGUAAAAAGAGAGUACAACUUCAUAGAGCAUACAAGUCAGCUAGGAUGGAAAGCGGUUGGAAGGGGAACACCAUUGAUGAUAGAUCCAGGGCUGUACAAGAACACCAAAUCUGACUUACUUUGGGUCCAACCAAACAGAGGCUUGCCAACAUCCUUUAGACUCUUUACUGGUUCGGCGUGGAUGGUCCAAUCGCGGGCGUUUGUGGAGUACUGCAUCUGGGGGUGGGAGAACCUCCCAAGAACACUACUCAUGUACUACACCAACUUCGUCUCCUCGCCGGAGGGCUACUUCCAGACCGUCAUCUGCAACGCGCCGCAGUUCGUGCCGACCGCGGUCAACCACGACAUGCACUUUAUUUCAUGGGACAACCCCCCGAGGCAACAUCCCCGGACGCUCAACAUGAACGACACAAAGAACAUGAUCGCGAGUGGGGCCGCGUUCGCGCGCAAGUUCAAGCGGGACGACCCGCUCUUGGACAAGAUCGACCGGGUGUUGCUCGGGAGGGGAAACGGGAGCUACACCCCCGGGGGGUGGUGUGCUGGGGACCCUCCGUGUUCCAAGGUCGGGGACCCCACGAAACUUGCACCGGGGCCCGGGGCCGAGAGGCUGCGCCGUCUUGUGACUAGAUUGAUAUUGUUGACAAAGUUUGGGAACCAGCAGUGUAAUUAGAAAGAUUUUUUUUUUGUGACUACAUCCAAAGGAUUUUGGAUGUGGGAAAAAGAAUAAAUUUUUUUGUAGCAUAGUGUAAAAACAUACAAAAGUUACUUUUUUUUUACUUGUUUGAUGAAUCUAUACACCUUACAUUCAUUCUUUCCCAACAACCUAAUCAAAUCCCACGAAAAGAAGAAUCUCGGAAAAGGAUAUAAGUGUCCGUGAACACACAAAGUUCAUAGACGGUUGUCAUAUCUGGUGUCAAAGCUGGUGCUAAAGUCACUACACCUCUCAUCUUACCUUUCAUCCCAACCUUCGGGUGUAUGUAGAUGUCUGUGAGAAGGUCGGGUGAGAAAUGGGAUGCCCGUAGCAUGGUCCAUGCCAAAUGGGCAGCUUGUCCGAGCCGUGUACUGUGUUUUAAUGUCUUUUUUUUCUCUACAUGCCAAAAAAGGCUUUUACUUUUGACCUCU